AAUAAAAAGAGCUCUUCGUUUUUGUCGUUUGUGCUUGUAAACAAUUUGAAAAAUCCACUCGUGUGCACGGCUGUACAAGAUUCGCAAAUCCUACCCGACUCUAUAAUGCCAUGAAAGAACAUAAUUUGUCUUCCUCUGUUAUAUAUAAUAAAUACACUAAUUAAAAUCCCCCCACCCCCGCCUCGUGCAUUACAGUUUAAAUAAUACAUUACCAUGUGCAGUUAUGCCAAUAAUAUUUAGCAUGUUUAAAUAUUACACGAUGGCUCGAUAAAUCUUGUUAGGCAAGACAGAUAAUAAAUGACUCGUGCACAAACUAAUAAUGUGGUUAGACACAGCUCCAUCGGUCCUAAUGGUGGGAGACAUUGCACAAACAACGCCAUUAUAAUCGUAAAUCCAGAUCAAUAUCACAUCACUCCUACACUAAUCAAGAUUCCCUUUGUCUCCUUCACCCUUGUAUAAAUACAUACUUGCCUAAUUCAUAAUCUUAGACAUCACAAACAAAAAACUUUCUCAAAUCACAUACUUCUUCGGUUUUUUCGAAAACUAAGGAAAAAAAAAAUGGCAUUCUCUCCUUUGCAAUCAAAAACCCUUCACCAUAACCGCUCUCUUAGCUUGCCUUGUAAAUCAGAUCCAUCCAUAUCUCAUUUCAACGAAAAAUUAUCCACUCUAGUAAGAGAUUCCGAGGCCUCGUUUUCUUCACUCAACAACAGACUAAACAACCUCAAAAACUUGUAUACCGAAACCGACGAUUUGCUUAUGUUGCCUCACAUUCAACAAGAAUGUGAGGAGAAAUGGGUUGACCAAAUAUUGGAUGGCUAUAUUAGCCUCUUGGAUGCGUGCACAACGGUUAAAGAUCUCGUCUCAAACACGAAGGAAGAUCUGCAAGAGCUACUUUCUUCUCUAAGGAGAUCAAAGGAUUCAGCUAAUGGAGUUCGCUGUUAUCUCAGCUCAAGAAGGAAGUCGAAGAAGAUUAUCCAAAAGUGUUUGAAAGAUUUGAGGAGUAAUUUCACAAGUAUUAUUAAUGCAUCCUCGGAGACAACGGGUGUUGCGUGUACCUUAAAAGAGACAGAGUUAGCCGCUGUUACUGUGUUUGAAUCUUUGUUGUCUUAUUUGAACGGGGCGAAGAUUCAAGCAAAACGCAGUGGCUGGUCAAUUGUAUCGAAGAUGAUGCAAUCCAAGAAAGUCGUGAGUGAAGACGAAGGAGCAAAUGUGAAUGAAUUUGAGAAGAUUGAUGGUUUACUGCAAACGAGCGUAGAAAACGAACAAGUCGAGCAGAUUACGACUCACUUAAAAGGGAUGGAUUCGAGCAUUCAAAGUCUCGAACAAGAACUUGAAUCCUUAUUCAGACAGUUGAUUCGAAGCAGAGUUUCCCUCCUCAAUAUUCUCAACCACUAGCCAUUUUAAAAUGAAAAAUAUACUUG